CAGGUUUUGUCACUAGAUGACCAUAACUUACGAGUCUCUCGCUCUUGCAGCAUUUUACUACCCUGCAAUUGACAACCACGCCCAUCCAUUCCUAACAGCUUCGCAGCGUUCUGCUUUUGACUUCGAGGGGCUUAUCUCUGAAGCUCAGGGUGAUGCCUUGAAAGACUCUGUUUAUACACUCGCGUGUUUUCGAGCUGCCGCUGAGCUCGGCAACCUCUAUGGAAUGGAGGAAGACGAUGUUUCCUGGGAAGCUGUCAAGGAGAAACGAGCAAGCCUAGAUUAUGACGAACUUUGUGCCAUCAAUAUGAAACCCACAGGCAUUCAGUGCAUCCUGAUUGACGAUGGACUGGGAGGCGUAAACGAGCUUGCAGAGAGUUACUCAUGGCAUGACAGAUUCACGACAAGCCCGACAAAACGCAUAGUGAGGGUGGAGGUGGUAGCGCAGAAUACCUUAGAGCAACUGGUUGAGCAGUACAAUGCAUCCCCACUUUCUACGGACGUAUUAUGCGAUGCAUUCUCUUCCAGAUUUUUUGAAAGCAUCAAAGCUAGUGCGAAGGACCCUGAAGUUGCAGGCUUCAAGUCUGUAGCCUGUUACAGAACUGGCUUGGAUAUAUCAUUAAACUGCACCUCAGAAGAAAUCCAAAAUGCCUUCGCAGAGGCCACAGACGGUGUUCGCCCUGGAGAUAAGAUUCGUUUGUCAACCAAGGUGCUCAACGACUAUCUUGUGCGAAUAGUUCUCGAGAUUGCCGGGCAAUACAAAAAACCUGUUCAAUUCCAUACAGGUCUUGGAGACAAUGACAUUAAGCUCGUGAAAUCAUCACCCGCUCAUAUGCAACCCAUCAUCGAGGCAUAUCCUGACACUACCUUCGUUCUUCUUCACUCGAGUUAUCCCUACACUCAGGACGCCGGGUACUUGGCCGCGGUAUACAAAAAUGCGUAUCUUGACUUCGGGGAAAUAUUCCCGUUCUUGUCUGGGGAUGGUCAGAGGGCGGUUAUCCGCCAGGUUCUCGAGUUAUCUCCUGCGAACAAGAUCUUGUGGUCCACCGACGGCCAUUGGUGGCCAGAGUCUUUCUACUUAGGGGUGAAGCAGUCUCGUGAGGCAUUAUACGAGGUCUUAGCUGAGAGCGUUCGCCGGGAAGAGCUUACCGAAACGCAGGCUGUCGCGAUUGUCCAAAUGGCAUUAUUUGAGAAUUCCAACAGAAUUUACGGCUUGGGUUUACAACCCAACUUAUCCAUUCUCGGCUGA